UCUCUGCAGGCACGCACAUAUAAUACCUGCCGCGGAUCCCCUCCCUUCGUCCACCUGUUGUGGGGCUGCCUACCUGUUCGAGCUGCAGGCCCUUCACAAAAGAACAAGCAGUGGUCUAGCGAGAGCCGAGCGAAUUAUACAGUGCGACGCCUUUUCCCUCGGGAAGGACAAAAUAAUGUGGCGCGCCGAGUGAGUUAGGCCCCCUGAGUUCCCACACGCACCCGAUGGGCCGUUCGUGGGCCGUGUGGCCGCUGCUGCUCGCCGCCCAGCGCGUUGCGGCGCAGCAGCAGCCCGCAGGGGACUGCUUUUCGGGCGGCGACAUCGUCGGCGCCGUUAUCGGCACCGUCGCGGCGCUCGCGAUACUCGGAGCCGCGGGAUACGUUUUUUGGAAGUACUACUGGACCCGCAGACAAGAUGGCAAAACGCUGACUCUAGUGACGAAUGACCCGGAAGCUGGUUUGGCCGAUGACCAUUACGCGUUCGACAAUCCCGGCUUCCUCACUGAAGACGCUUCUCCACAGAAAAAAGCGCCGCUCAAAACUCCGCCCCAUGACGGAAAAUCAACAAUAGAGAGAAAUAACAUCAAUGUUGACGCAAGCAAGGGAGUUAAAGGAGGAAAAUGGCAGGCGUGGGCUCCAUUUUCAGCGUUCGUUGGAAAUAGCAGCGGCAAAGGGAAAAACAGCUCUUUCAAAGCAAUGGACGAUUCGUUUGUUGGGGAGCCUGAACGCGAUUUCGUGCCGCUCAAGGGCCACGAUUUUACCGGUCUGGGCUUCAACAUUUGCGGCAACAUGCGCGAAGGAAUUUACGUGCGGGACGUUCUGCACCGUGGCCCAGCAUCCGAGUCGGGCAGAAUCGCCGCAGGCGACAGGAUUGUGAGCAUUAGCAUAUCUCUGCGGCACAUGGUGUUUGAAGACGCCCUCACGAUUUUGAGUUACGCGUCGCCUUACGACGUGCAGCUGGAGAUCGAGAAACGGCCACCGGGCCGAGUCAACAGGGACACCGGAAGUGGCAAAAGGUCGCCUUCGGUGGGACCGCCGGACAGGUUGUGCCAUCCGUUCUACCGCAGUCAGUCCAUUGACGACCUCAAUAAAAUGCGGAUGUCAAGCAUGGGUGCGCGGCAAGUCAAAGUAUUGAAGAAACCAGAGCAAUUAUCUCAAGUUAGUGUUGUGAGUACGUCAAGUCGCAAGGAGACGUCCAGAAUGGAGAAGGAAGCAGCGCCGGCAACGAGAUCAAACGUCACCAUGCCCAAACCAGAACGGACAAAGAAGCCUACAACCUCGACGACGUCGGUCGCCUCUGUGCCAGAUAAAAAACCAACGUCUGCAGAGAAAAUGGCAAAGUUUGGCGUUAAAGUUCUCCCUUUGAACUUGAGCAGCGAACUCGGCCAAAAGCUCGAAACAAAAAGCGAGGCAACGGAAAACGAGCAGAACAAGAAAAUCGAGGAGGAGGAAGAGGUUGUGCACGAAAUGGCCGUGGACGUGCCGGACAAGAUGGGUCAAGUGGUGAACGAGAUGAAGUUCAAGGUCGAACAGGAGAAGCAAAACAUUCCGACGGAGUUGCCAGAAGAAAUGCGGCUGGCGGCGCAGGCGGCCGUGAGCCACAGGAAGAGCCUCAAAGAGGCUGCUAUUCCGGUGGCCGAACCAGAACCAGACAAAUCAGACAAAACGGUUGUGAGCAAAGAGUCUGUUGAGGAGAGUGACAAAAAGAAGAGGCGGGCACCACCUCCUCCCAAGUUCACUGCCUUUGCAGACAUGCAGCAGCAGUUUGAGGACAACAUGUCCAAAGCCGAAGAGGUUGUGAACGAGGACAAACCGAUCACCAUCGAACUCGGUUCCUCGCAAGUCACCAUCCACCAGGCCGCCAAGGACGAGCACGAGGGCGGCAAUCCUGGCAAGGGUCGCGAGAGGAAGGCAGCGUCCUUGGGCGAUCUUUCUCGGUUCGACUCCGAGCAGCCCAUGAGUAUUCCUCUCGAGAGGGCCGUGUCCUUGGACAUGGUGGACGUUAACGAAGAGUCAAACACUGGAACGGCCAAGAAGAGGAAAGUGGCGCCACCGGUGUCCAUCGUGGCUAACUCGGAAACCGCCAUGACGGACACCAGCGUUGAAGAGGAUGAGGAAGAAGAACUCACCCCAACAAACUCACCUCUUCGGAAGGAGCAGCCGGUCAUGAUCGAUCUGGCGGGGGCCUCGGACACCUUCAACCGCCGUCUCAAGAAGUCCUCCCAGUGGGGGACACUUGAAGACGCCAUCAGCUUCGAAAGACAGGAGCUGAAGACCGUCAUCACGGUAGACGAGGAAACUUCCGGCCCCGCCAGCAUCACUUACAUCACUCCGGACGCCCCUGCACCUCCCACCCCACCCACCUCCCCUCCACCAACGGUCACCUUUGUCAGCACAGCCACCCCCACCGUCCAGCAUGUGACCGAAAUCCAAGUGCUGUCGUCUGGAGGGACCGUGAGUGAGAAGUCGCUGGACUUUGCGCCCUCCACCACCAUCAGACAUGGCACCAGUGGGGGGAGUCUUUUGCUCGUUGCCAGUUCAUUGGACGAUGAACUGCAACCGACCACUUUCAACAGCUCCAACUCAAACCAUGUAGACAAAGAGCCUGAGGAAGAAGAAGAAGAAGUUGAGGAGCGGCCCGAGCUGGUCAACGUACAGGUGUCCACGAGUAACGUGACCGUGACCCCAGUCAACCUGGAGAAGGAGGUGAUGCAAAUCUCGGCCGCCGAGCUGGACGACAUCAUGAUGUCGCACUCGAGCUACCUCAAGACCACCGACAACCAGUACAGCACCUUCGAGCAGUGGGUCUUCCUCGACCAGGCGGCCGAGGAGGGCAAGAAGAAGGAGGUCAUCUCUCCCGUUGCCAAUCACGAAACGAAUCACGUGGAGUGAAAUCAAAAUUAUUUAAACUUGUGCUCUUCCAUCAAUUUUUAACGUGAGACAAUUUUGCUCAAGGCUUAUUUUUUAUUUGUAAAUAAUUUAUGAUUUAUAUUAAUCAAACGCCAGAUUAAUUAUAAUUAUGCAAAUAAUACAGAGGAUUCUAAUCA